AUGACGCUUUGCCUAGAGAGCAUCCCACAGGAAAUUCUAGAGAAUAUUGCCUUCCAUCUCGGUACCAACACAUUCCUAGGUCCUCCCUCUGACCUCGCUUCGUUGGUGAUAACAAAUCGCAAUCUCGAAUCUCGCCUGUCGCUCUCGAAGAAUCACACGGUGUAUGCCAAGAUCUUUGCUACCAAAUUUGACCUUUCGAUAGCGACGCGGCGUCUUGGACCAGAUAGAAUAUCUCCACCCAUAUUGGCGCAAGAGCUUCAGCGUCGAUGCGUUUAUCUGAAGCGUCUUCGUUCGCAAAUAGAUGCGACAUCACCCCCUUCACAAGAAUCUGAUGAUCAAAGCCUCCAGGAACUUUUGUUCCACGCUUAUCUUCUUAUGCUUGAAAAUGAAGGACGGAAUGAACGUCAGCUCCGGGAAUAUGGGAAUAUUGAUUCGUGGCUGCAAGAGUACUGGUUCAGUGAUAAUGGGAGGUCACUAGCAAAGCGGUCUAUCAAAGCCAACAAAUGGCCUUCACAAACCGACCACUCUGCAGUCGCCAUGUGGCUAUUUUGGUUUCUUCUCAGACCAGAGGAAUACACUCGCGAUGUGGAGGCGUCUUGGGACGUUCUGAAUAUUCUGAAGUUGUUUGCCUUGGGUGCACAUCGAUAUCCUUUGACUUCGCCAUCGUGGCUUGACUUCAUUCCUCCACCUCAUCCUCGCGAGUCCAAUGAAAUUAUCCAUUACUCGCAGGUGUAUUGUAUUAACCCUCCGCCCCUUGCUUCUCCGGCCAUACUGUCUUUUCUCACACUUGUGAAUCGGAUGCUUGGUUCGCCUGAAUUUCCUACUUCGAUAGAGCGUGCACGGCCCGUUUUGCUGCGACGAUCGACAAAUGGCAUGGAGUGGGAGUGUGAAUGGGGCCGAUGCAUUAGUCUCAGUCAACCAUCGUUUGACAAGGUAUUAAUGAUGUCUUUUACACCAGGAAGUAUUGAAGGUGCUUGGGAAGGGAUUUUUACUUAUACCGAAUUUACUGCAUACGCGGCGCUUUUGUCUGGAGCACCACCUCCUGUUUUGCAGAAAAGUCUUGUGGUCAAGCAUCGUCAAACAUGGAAGCUUCGCGAACACCACCUCCUGGCUACGGAGCCCGUUGCCGGCUCUUUAUUGCCGACUAGUAUCGAUGACGUUGACCCCUUAUCUCCCGGGGACCCCUUGAGAUCGUAUUUUCCAACCGGAAUUCAUAUCAAAGAGGAUCACGAUGGACUUGAAGUUCGCGAACCUGGUGGAAAGGAGCCUCUUUAUUACCAGAGAGCACGUCGUCUUCAGCCAGACGAACAGAGACUCGUCUGUGACAUCAUCAUAACAGGCGAGGGACAUUCAGCGUGGGGAGAAUUCAAUCUUGUCGGCAGGGUUCGCCCAUGUGACGGCUUCAUCAGUCUCUCUAAGGACUACGUUGAUGGCGAUCGAGGAAAGUGGCUCUAUCGGGGGUACCUUAUCGGGAAUGCUGACGGUAAUUUGGCCGGAAGGUGGCGCGACACUUUGAGCCCUGUCGCUGUGCCCGGCUACGAGGGUUGCUUCACGAUGUCACGGCGUCGAUGAGUCACUUUAUUGCGAGCGGUGUGCUAUCUGCCCCACAAAUAUAGUGGUAUUUUGUCCAUAUUGGUCAUCGGGUUAUACGGUGGCAAAUGCCAGAAAUUUUCUUCGGACCUACAGACCAGCCUCGUUUUUCUCAUCGCGAUGAAAUAAACAGCGGGUGUUUAAUCCUUAACAGCGCGAUUUCUCUGUGGAUGAAGGAGCGUGUC